AUGUCCAGCAACCCGAGCGUCCACAUCGUCUCUCACCCGCUCAUCAAGCACCACCUCGCCAAUCUCCGCCUCGCUGAUACCAGUCCAAAAGAGUUCCGCUCGCUCGUGGGCAACAUCUCCACCGUACUCGCCAUCGAGGCUACCAGCGCACUCGCCACAAAGGAUGUACAGGGUCAGGGACCGCUCUCGACCUUCACCGGCCAGCAGCUGAGCGAACGCAUCGGCCUCGUGCCCAUCCUACGAGCCGGUCUCGGCAUGACUGAAGCCUGCCUCGAUCUGCUGCCCGAGAACACCAGUGUCCUCCAUAUCGGCCUCUUUCGCGAAAAAGUCUCGCUGCAGCCCGUCGAGUACUACAACAAGCUACCUGCGACACCGACCGUGGACCGCGUCCUCAUCCUCGAUCCGCUGAUUGCGACCGGUGGAACCGCGAUUGCCUGCGUGCAGAUGAUCCGGGACUGGGGCGUGCCCGUGGACAAGAUCCAGUUCCUCUGCGUGCUCGCCUCCGAGACUGGCGUCAACAACCUGCUGAAAGCCGUGCCCGGGCUCGAGCUGUGGAUCGGCCACGUCGAUCCGGAGCUCAACGAAAAGGGCCUCAUCCUCCCUGGUCUCGGCGAUACGGGCGACCGUCUGUUCGACACGCUGGCAUAG